AGCCAUGUUGGUUCUGUCAGUCCGAGGGUUAACGUUACUGUGUUGCAGCAAGAUGCAAUGGAGUCUUGAAGCACGAUAAUGUUUUGUAUUUGGCAGCUAGUGGUGGAUACAACGUGACAGAACAUGUGGGAUUUGAUUUACGACGAGCCGUCACUCCGAUUUUAUAUCUGCGUUUAAAAGCAGUUAUCGCCAUAGCCAUGGACAGUCUGUCAGAAGAGCUUGAGGAGGUCAGAAGCAGGGCAGAGGCGUGUCUCUCCUCGCCGUGCUCAGCCCAUGAAGUCCGGGCAGGUGUAUGUGCCAUGGCCAACCUUCCCCUACCACCUGCUGCCAAGUACCAACAAAUCUCAGCAGAGGUGAUGUUGAAGGAAAACAGUGCUGGCAAUAACAAGAAAGAGAUCAUAGGGUCUUUGCAGAGACUCUCCACAGCUCUUAAUAUCCUAGAGAAGUAUGGAUCAAAUCUCACCAGCUCCAACAGGCCAAAGUAUUGGCGGACUGUAAAGCACAAUAACCCUGUCUUCAGAGCAACAGUGGACGCCAUUAAGGGGGGUCGGGCAGUGCUCUGUCUCUAUGGCUAUACCAAUCAACAAGCUGAUGGUCUCAGCUUCCCCGAUGAAGUCCAAGAACCAGAUAUUCAGAAGGUGUCCUCGGUCACGCUGGAGGUCAUGAGUCUGAGGAUGGAACUAGACAUGCUCAUCCAGGAGUCUCAUCCUCAUCCAGAGUUCUUUGAGACACUGGUUCCAUCAGUAUUUCAGCAGGAGGAGAAGGUGUUGGGCUCCCCCUCUGAUGCUCCUUGGGAAAAGCAGGAUAAGCCUGUGGUAUCUCUCACUCCACCCAAAGCAUCCUCCUCUACUAAGUCCACUGAUAACUGCACCAUAUGUGGGAUCUUCCCAGUCUCUGCCCAGUGUCCAGUCUGCGUGCAGAGGCUGUGCUCGGAAUGCGACCGGCUGUACCACUCCCACCCAGCACGCGCCAGCCACAGCAGGAUCACCGUGGCCUCCGCCAAACCCUCCAAGUCCAUCAGUGCAUCCUUGUCCUCCUGGCAGUGUGUCCACUGCACCACACUGAACCGGAUGCAGGAGGUGCUGUGUGGCAUGUGUGAGCGCCCCCGUCUGGCCGCCACUGCACUGGCAGCCACUAGCGCACCACUGGAGGAGUUGCAGCCCUCCACUAUCACAGAGUGGCAGUGUAAGAGCUGCACAGUGGUCAACUCGGGCAGCAGUGUUCUGUGUGAGGUGUGUGAGCGCCCCCGUCUGGCCACACGCCCGCCUGCCACACCCUCUCAUCCGCCUGCCACACCCUCACGUCCGCCUGCCACACCCUCACGUCCGGCUGCACCCACUCUUGGUCUUCAGGAGAGUCAGUGGGUGUGUCAGUUCUGCACUUACGCCAAUCACACACCAUCUUCCACCUGCGAGAUGUGUGACCUCCCGCGGCCCGAGCCCGCCCCCUCGCCCCCCAAACUGCGAACCCCGUCCCCAGUCAGGGACUUCCCACAGCUGUCCAUCAAGACCAAGGGCCCAGCGUCCGACGACCCGGACGUGAAGCGCCAGCGACUGAUGAGGGAGGAAGGACUCAAGCUGAUCCAGCUGAUCCGCGAAGGCGAGCGGAAGGGGGUGAGUCCAGAGGAGGUGUACGCGGGCGUGCGCGGCUCUGGCGACAGCAGUGUCGUGCCCUGUGAUUGGUUGAAGACCGAGCUGCCCCCUUUGCUGGAUGUGCUCUGCGCCCGGGCCGCCACGGUGCCGCUGGGUCCCCGAGCCCUCCAUGCAGAGCCCCUGGAGCGUGCUGACGGCUCCCAGGAGCCACUGAGCCGAGGUGUGCAGCUGUCCAGAGCCGAGGCCAAGCACGCCUGGCUGACAGCAGGGGGCGACACCGAGCGGGCAGUCAAACAGGCACUGAGGGACAGAAAGGCCAAGGUGAAGGAGCUGGGCGCGCUGGGCUUCAGUGACGUGGCCCGUUGCGGGGAGGCUCUGCGGCUGAGCGGGGGCGAGGUGAGGGGCGCCUUGGCCGUGCUGCAGCGCCCCCUCCUGGAGCCCUUUCACCAGCGCAUGUGGAGUGACCAGCCUGAGCCCCCCAUCAACAUCCACCUCCCAGACAAACAGCGCGUGUGCCGCAGGCUGCUGGCGGUGUACGACUUGCCCAGCUGGGGCCGCAGUGAGCUGGCCCUGUCCCUGCUGCAGGACCCCGCCGCCCCCUACACCCUGGAGGACGUGGUGCAGGCCGUGCGCGAGUCCCACGACCGCGACUUCAUACGGCGCGUGCUCGCCAAAGAAUGCCCCAUCUGCCUCUCUGUCUUUCCCCACAGCAAGAUGCAGUCUCUGACGUCGUGCCAGUGCUCGGUGUGCUGCAGCUGCUUCCAGCAGCACUUCACCAUUGCCGUGAGGGACAAGCACAUCAGAGACAUGGUGUGCCCUGUGUGCUGGGAGCCCGACAUUAACGACCCCGAACACCUCAACAGCUACUUCUCCACUCUUGACAUUCAGCUCCGAGAGUGUUUAGAACCUGAGGUGUACGAGCUGUUUCAUAAGAAGCUGACCGAACAGGCCCUCAUUAAGGAUCCCAAGUUCCUCUGGUGCAGUCACUGCUCCUACGGCUUCAUCUAUGACGGCGAGCAGCUCAAGGUCACUUGUUUCCAGUGCCGCAACAGUUUCUGUGCCCAGUGCAAGAAGCCUUGGGAGUCUCAGCACACUGGUCUCUCCUGUGAGCAGUUCCAGUCGUGGAAGCGAGAGAAUGACCCUGAGUACCAGAGACAGGGUCUGGCCGGAUACCUGCGUGACAACGGCAUCACCUGUCCUAACUGCAGGUUCCAGUACGCUCUGGCCAGAGGUGGCUGCAUGCACUUCUGCUGCUCACAGUGCAGAUACCAGUUCUGCAGUGGCUGCAAUAACCCCUUCCACACGACGUGCUCGGUGAUCCAGUGCAGUGUGACGGGGCUGCACGCCCAUCACCCCAGAGACUGCCUCUUCUACCUACGAGACUGGGAGCCUGCCAGGCUGCAGGCCCUGCUGCAGAAAGAAGGGGUGGCAUUCAACACAGACACACCUCCUGGCACUCAGGCAGGUUUGUGUGGAGUGAUCGAACAGAAGGAUGAGGGGGGCCAGCAGUCUGACUCUGCCUGUGGAGCUCAAACACAGCCUGGCCAGGCAGGCCUCUGCGAGAAGCACUACAGAGAGUACCUGGUCAGCCUCAUCAACGGCCACUCCAUUGACCCGGCCCCGCUGUACAAUGCCAAUGAGCUGCUGCUGGCCUGUCGGAGAUACCAAGUGGAGGUGCCAAGGGGGGAGGCGGAGGACGACAGGACGUACUAUUCCCGACUACUGAAGAUGCUGAUGGAUAACGUGCCACUUGGUGACAAAGUCCCACGGAAGAAGUGAAGGAAUAUGGACACACACACACACACACACACACACACACACACACACACACAUACUCCUAUUAUGUUGUGUACUCUAAGUGUGAAUUAAGGUCAUUGUUGUUUACAUGGUGUAGAAGUAAUAGUGUCUGAUAACUGCACCAUUGCACUACUGGAUGCUGCAGUGAAAAGGGCACUGAAUGCCCUUCAUGUCCUUCUGCAAGAAAUGCUCUGUUAUUGAAUAACCCUUCAAGGAACUUACAAAUAUGUUAUUCUAUAUUUACAGUGGACAGAACAAACACAAAGAGCUCUAAAGCACUGUAUGCUGUCUGAUUCUCUACCCUGAGACAGACUUUCAGAUGCAUGCCAUUUUGAUUGUUUUAUUUAUCAGAUAUAAUAUUAUAUAAUAUAAAUGAUGUGAAUCUAUAUGAGUGAGAAUGCUGAAUCACGAGGCAGAAAAAAACAGGAAUGUUUAUGAGGUGCCUGUAUGCAUGUUGUCUAAUCAUGGUGUGUUUGUUGUGCUGAUUGGCUGUGCCAUCAUGGCGUCCUUGACAAAUAAAGCUCAGCUUUUCCAUCA